AUGUGGCAGAAACGCUGCACAACCAAGGAGGAGAUGACCUCAGCCUUAACAGCAUUGUGGAAGAAGGAGUCCCCGCUUCCAGAAUUUGGAGGGGAGCUUCAACAGACAGUGGACUUGAAGCUGCCAGUCCCCGCAGUGUAUAUUCCGUCGCUCGUCGACAGCAACACGGCACUCGAUCAGCUGUUUGGGAUUAUCGACAGUACGGAGACUUCACGGCCAGAGGUGGCGUUUGUUGUGNCUGAAGAGAGUGAAGGCCUGCGAGUGCUAGUUUCAGGCCAGUCACUCCAGGCACCAAUGCAAGAACCGAGGGAUCUCACUACUACCCAAAACUACCACAAACAGUCUCUGAACCGACUCGGGGGUCGUGUCUGCCUUCUCGGCAAGGGGGCUUGGGUGAGGGGGACAGGGGGUGCGGGUUCUGGUCCAGGCGGGGAAAAGGGGAAGAAAGUGGGGGGAAACUCAGACACUGACGGGGGGCCGCUGCUCGGCUCGCCGGGGGACCUGAGUGGGGGUGUCGAGGGGGCGGCUGUGGACCCCGGUGUCCCUUGGGAACUGGUGACCGCCUGGUACAUCGGCUUCUUGGUUCUCAUCUUCUCUUCGUUCCUCGUCUACCUCGUGGAGAACAAGUUCAACAAAGACUUUGCUACCUAUGCCGAUGCGCUGUGGUGGGGCACAAUCACCCUGACCACCAUUGGUUAUGGGGACAAGACUCCGAAGACGUGGACAGGACGGAUGCUGUCUGCUGGGUUCGCCCUCCUGGGCAUCUCCUUCUUUGCACUGCCAGCUGUGAGUCUGUAUUCUUCAAUUAAAUACGUUCUUCGUUAAA